AUGAUUCUGUGGGAGCCGGCAAUGAGCGGCGAUGUCAUGCAGGAGAGCGGCGAGAAUGGCAAGGAGAGCGCGAGCGGAGUGACAGAGCAGGGGGAGAUGGAGAUUGAGGAAAUCUGCCUAAAAGACAAAAUAAUUGAUUCGUGGGCGCCGCUGGAGCUAAAGAAGAAACUCUUGGGUAAGGAAUACUCCUUGGACGAAGUUAUUGAAGCGUGCCAGGUCGAGGAACAAAUAAGCAAACAAUCUGAAGCCAUGCUGACGAAACCCAUCACUAGCGAUUCAAUCAAUAAAAUUACUGCUCGGAAAAUAAGGCCAAAUCUGGAGUGUUCGAGAUGUGGUCGAAUGGGGCAUGCAAAUAGCGAUUUCUCCUGUCCGGCCCGAGCAGCUAAAUGUAACAAAUGUUCCAAGAUAGGUCAUUUUGCACGACAAUGCAGAACAACACAAUAUGCUCAGCCGAAACACGAAAAUAGGAAGCGCCGCCGAAAUGAUAUUCGUUGUGUGGAAGACGAGAGCGCUGAUCCCAAACGGAAGAAGGAAUGUGCGAAUUGUUUUAAGAUCUACAGCGACGAAGAAGAAGAACUCAUAAACUGCCAAAUAGGGGGUCACAACAUUGCUCUCAUUAUUGACUCUGGAUCGAAAUUUAACCUUAUUAGUCAAUCGGAUUGGGCAAGGAUUAACAAGGAACCUACAGCAAUCUUCAACAUUAGAUCACAUUCUCAGAAACAAUUUCGAGGAUAUGCUUCUGAACAAUUACUUGAAGUAAUUUACGUUUUUGAAGCGCCGAUAUCAGCUGUGCCGAAUGUCGAGGUGAUUGCAACAUUUUUCGUAAUUAAAAAUGGACGGCAGUCGCUACUGGGCCGAGAGACCGCCAUUAAGCUGAACGUUCUUCGGCUAGGUCUAGAUGUCAAUCGAGUGGAAAUGACCACGCCAUUCCCUAAAUGGAAAGGGGUUAAAAUAAAGCUAUGGAUUGACCCCAAAGUCAUUCCAAUUCAGCAGCCAGUUCGAAGAAUCCCGGUGGCACUCGAGGAAAAAGUUGCCGCUAAGCUGAAAGAGAGUUUAAGUCGGGACAUCAUCGAAUCAGUUACAGGUCCGAGCUCGUGGAUAUCCCCCAUUGUCCUGGCUUUUAAGGAAAACGGCGAUAUUCGGCUGUGCAUUGACAUGCGUCGUGCGAAUAAGGCCAUUCGACGAGAAAAUUAUCCACUACCGACCUUUGAGUCUUUUAUGCCCAAGCUAAAGGACGCAAAAUACUUUUCCCGCUUAGACCUAAAAGACGCUUAUCACCAGCUGGAACUGGACGAAGCCAGCAGAGAAAUUACGACGUUCAUAACACCAAAAGGACUCUUUCGGUACAAGCGGCUGAUGUUCGGGAUUAACUCUGCUCCAGAAAUUUUCCAACGUCACCUCGAGCAGCUAUUAGCACCCUUUACUAAUGUCAUGAAUUAUAUUGACGAUGUAAUAAUCUUUGGAGCUAGCGAAGAAGAACAUGACAAGACUGUAAGAGAGGUUUGUAACACAUUUAAAGAAAACGGCGUUUUACUAAACGAUCAGAAGUGCAUCUGGAAAACAAACAAACUCAAGUUCCUUGGUCAUAUUAUUUCUGACGAGGGAAUCGAAGUGGACCCGGAUAAAAUUAAUGUGAUUAGAAUGUUUCGAGAACCACUUAACAAGGAAGAGACUCGGAGUUUCCUAGGUUUGGUGACAUACGUGGGAAAAUUUAUCCCAGACCUGGCAGAUUACACGGAUCCGCUGAGAAAAUUACUGAGGAAGGACUCGAAAUUCAGCUGGGGCGAAACAGAAAGAGAUGCUUUUCGGAACUUAAAGGAUCGACUGGAAAAAGUACCAAACCUUGCAUACUUCAACCCGCUAAAUCGAACUCGCCUAAUAGCAGAUGCCAGUCCUGUAGCACUGGGAGCGGUGCUGUUGCAGUUCUCUGUAAAUGCGGACCCCUUAAUUAUUUCAUUCGCUAGUAAAGCUUUGUCGGACGUUGAGAGACGUUAUUCUCAAACGGAGAAAGAAAGUCUAGCUCUAGUCUGGGCUGUUGAGAAAUUUUACUUUUACUUAGCAGGACUUCAUUUCGAGCUAGUGACAGAUCACAAACCGUUGGAGGCCAUUUUUAAACCGACAUCGAGGCCUCCUGCGCGCAUAGAAAGAUGGUUGCUACGGCUACAGUCCUUUGAUUUUAAAGUAGUCUACAAAGCGGGGAAAGAGAACAUCUCCGACGCUCUAUCCCGACUUUGUCCGUUAUCAGCAUCCGACUCUGGUGAAAAAGAAAUGGAUUGUAGCAUAUUACAAGUGAUCGAGAACAGCAUUCCCCAAUCAAUGACUAUCUCGGAAAUUGCAAAGCAUUCGGUAAAGGACGAAGAAAUUAUCGAUGCAAAGGCCUGUCUGGAGUGCGACUCAUGGAAACCAGGAUCCCUAAAACUGCUGUACCCAUUUCGAUUUGAGUUAUCAGCAAUAGGACCCCUUCUUUUGCGAGGUAACCGAAUUGUUAUUCCUCAAUCACUUCGGAACCAAGUGCUUGAGCUGGCUCACGAAGGAGACCCGGGAGAGUCAGCUAUGAAAAGGCGUCUGCGAUCCAAGGUAUGGUGGCCUCUAAUUGAUCGUGAUGCAGAGAACUAUGUCAAACGCUGCAGAGAUUGUCUUCUGGUCUCCCAAUGCCCUAGGCCAGCACCAAUGGAUAGGAACCCAUUUCCAACAGGUCCAUGGAUUUGGGUAGCAUCAGACAUAUUGGGGCCCCUACCAAACAUCGAGUUUGUUAUAGUGUUUAUUGACUACUAUUCCCGCUAUAUGGAGUUCAAAUUUUUACGUUCAAUUUCCACAAAAAGCUUAAUUGAAGUAAUGAAGGAAAUAUUCUGUAGAUUAGGCUACCCAAAAUACUUAAAAACUGACAAUGGACGGCAGUAUAUAAGUCAAGAAUUCGAGGAAUACUGCAAAACUUGCGGUAUAGAACAGGUGAAGACUCCACCCUAUUGGCCCCAGGCUAAUGGGGAAGUGGAAAACAUGAAUCGGUCUUUGGUCAAACGGUUAAAGAUAGCACACUCUAAUUCAAAAAAUUACAGGGAAGAAAUCCAGAAAUUUGUACUCAUGCACAACGUUACUCCACAUGGCACAACAGGAGUAGCCCCCACCCAACUGAUGUUUAAUAGGGUUAUCCGCGACAAGGUUCCAUGUAUAGGUGAUAUUGAUGAAGAGGUUUCAGACUCGGCCGAAAGGGACAGGGAUUGUAUGUUAAAAGAAAAAGGAAAGGAAGAGGCAGAUAAGAAGAGGGGAGCACGGGAAGCCGUGAUAAACGUAGGGGAUAAAGUACUCUUGAAAAAUGUAGUGUUUCCUAGUAAGUUGACUCCGAAUUUUAAGGAUACGGAAUUCGAGGUUGUUGAAAAAGACAGAAACAUAGUUAAAAUUAGGGCAGGGGGUAGGACUCUCACGAGGAAUGUAUCGCACCUCAAGAAAAUACCAAUCAACGCAAGUCACCUGGAUACAUCUGGACCCUCAUCGUUAAGCAGCCCUCAACCGAAGAUGACAUCUACUCAGGAUCACCAAGACGUCGAAGCAGGAAUAGGUCAUCGGCUUAGACAGUCCCCAGAAGAUUUGGCUCCUUUGGCUGCCCCAUCCUUGAAGCUAAAACUUGUCAAUAAAGGAGGGAUGUGGGAGCCGGCAAUGAGCGGCGAUGUCAUGCAGGAGAGCGGCGAGAAUGGCAAGGAGAGCGCGAGCGGAGUGACAGAGCAGGGGGAGAGUUAG